AUGUACGCCUUCAACGCGUUCGUCCUCGUCCUCGUCGCUCUCUUCUCCUUCGCGAACGCACUCCCGCUGGGUCACGGGCACAUUCGCCGUUCAUGUCCUCACAACGCGCGUGCUUCUGCUCUCUCGGCCAUCGAGUCUGCAUCGUCCGCAGCAUCGUCCGCAGAAUCCACCCCGCUCUCCUCCACAGUGCCCUCGUCUUCGUCUAGCGCUGUCCCUACCGCUACCUCGUCCAAGGCCGCCGCCUCCCACUCCGCGUCUGCCCCCUCUUCCUCUGCAUCCUCUGCGAAGGCCACUGCCACGCGUUCUGCCACAAACAACGCUGUCACUGGCUCCCUCCUCGGUGCCCUCUUCCCCAUCGCUCAGCCCUCCACCUCCUGGACCACCCUCCAGGGCAUAAGCGGCGCCCUCUCCCUCUCCGACUCCACCUUCAACCCAGAUCACGUCCUUUCCUCGCUCACCCACAACUACGUCGCUUCCCCCGGCUCAGACUCGAAGCUCUCCAUGCAGGCACACUACCCCAAGGGCUCGUACACCUUCGGCCACCAGCCCCAGGGUGGUAUCUCGUUCUACGCCCCCGGCCCGUCGGACGUCGAUCUCACAACGGCCAAGGAGGCCACCUUCGGCUACUCCGUCAUGUUCGAUGAGGGCUUCGACUGGAACAAGGGCGGCAAGCUGCCCGGUCUCUACGGAGGUGACGACGCUACCGUCGCUGUUUCCUGCUCCGGUGGGCGCCGCUCCGACGCGUGCUUCUCCGCGCGUCUCAUGUGGCGCACGGACGGCCAGGGCGAGCUCUACACCUACCUGCCACCCUACACGGACUCGCGCUUCGCCGCAAAUGAGAAGCAGUGUUCUGUCGCGCCCAAGUCGGAGUGCAACCCGACGUACGGCGCGUCCGUUGGGCGCGGCUCGUUCAGCUUCGAGGCGGGCAAGUGGACGACCGUGAGCCAGCGCGUGCGCCUGAACGACGUCGGGCAGGCAAACGGCGAGCUCGAGUUGUUCGCGAACGGGGAGAGCGUGGUCAAGGUCGACGGCCUGAUCCUGCGCGCGAGCGACGCCGGGCGGCUGCGUGGCAUCCAGAUGCAGACGUUCUUCGGCGGCUCUACUUCCGACUGGGCAUCCCCCAAGGAUCAGAACACGUACUUCUCCGACUUCUCGAUGGCCAUCACCGAGAAGCUCUGA